UCCCAACACCUCCCACAAAUCCCUUUUCCAUAUUCAUGUGUUGUUGUUUUGUUUUGAGAUCCAGUGGAUUUGGUCAGGGAAUUCUGUGUGACCUUAGGCUUGGAAGGCUCUACUGGAGCCAUAUGGACUCAGCAGGGGUUACACCGCUAAUGGCAGUGAUCCCCCAGUUUCCAGAGUUUGUCAUUACUCCUAAACAUAAGAAAGAUACAUGGAGAACUUGAAGACCAGAACCAUUCAGACACAAUGAGCUUGAAGUUACUUAUUGAUUACAACACCCAGGACUUAUUUGUUAACAGAGACACAAACCAAGACUUGGAUCACUCCCAUAUCACAGGGUAAGUGGGACCUUAGGAAAGGGACACUCUAAGCCCAGGUCUUCCAGGCGUCACAAAGAUGGAUUCAUAGAGAAUAAGCUCAUAUUAAAAACUAUAAUAUACCCAAGGUUACCCUGAAGAUAAGAGCAGAAGAAACAGACCAGCCCAUAAGUAAGAUUCUUCAGAUUCUUCAGACGGCACAUAUGUAUGUAUGUAUAUGUAUAUGAAAGUAAGUAUAUAUUAUAUUUACAUUUAUUUUUAUGUUUUAAAAAUUAAAAAUAAGAAUGGCAAAUACAGACGGAAUGAAUUUCUCUGUAAGAAAAUACAGGCAUUUCCAGAAAAGAACCAAGUAGAACUCUCAGAAGUGAUAAAUAUCACUGCAAAUAAAAUUUCAAUUGACAUGUUAGAUAUGCACACAAUUGAAAAAAUAAUUAGGAAGCUGGAAGACUAAACUGAGCACAUUCACCUAGAAUGCAACAUGAAAAAAAUAAAACGGAGAACAGGAGACAAUGGGUAUAGAAAUGAACCUUCCAACCUAAGUCUAAUACAAAUACAAGAAGGGGUGGGGUAAGAGAGAUUGGAGAGAAUGAGGAGGAGACAGUGUUCAAGCAGCUAUACAUUGUUCAAGUUGGUGAAUCAUGGAAUCAUUGCCCAGAAAGCUUCAGGUCUCAAGUGAGCACUCUGAACUUGAUUCACUGUGCAUGCACAGAUUUGCUUUGUAGAAUGUGUAAACCAGAGACCAAGCCAAGAAUAUGUAUAUUUUUCCAUAGUACCCUUGGAGCCCAACAAGUCACUUGGUCUACAACUGAGUAGCACCAAGAAUGAAGGUCACACACACCAUUCCCUCUGAGUUCAAUAUAAUCAGCUGAGAUGUAAGUCCAACAACAUUACUUAAUUACUGAAAUGUGAGUAUGUCAGUAGCACCCAUGUUUUUGCAUCAGUGUUCUCACUGAAUGGAUCAUGAAAGACUUAAGUGUAUGAUAUAUUUCUGUCAUUCAGGCUUAGUAUUUGGCUCUUAAGGAUCUGGAGCUUGAGUGGGUUUCUGUAUUUCUUCCCAGGAUAUUUCUGCUCACUGCUAUGUUAGCUAAGAAGAGGUUUAUCUUGUAGCUGAACUAAAUGUAUUUGCAUGUGUAUACAGUGGCUGUUUCUCAUAAAUGCAUUAUCUUGGACAAGCUAAUUGAAUUGUCUAUACCAGUUUUCUCAUUCAUAAAAUUGGGAUAAUAAUAAUAAUUACUGAUCAUAUCAUCAUUAGACAUAUAAAAUUUAAUAUAUGUUAAAAAUCUCAUGAUACUAUUUAUCAGUAUCUUAGUCUGUUUAUUGUUGCUAUAACAAAUAUAUCCAACACUAGGUAGCUUAUGAAGAAUAGAAAUUAAUUUGGCUCACAAAAUCUAGAGCCUGGAAGUCUAAAAAUGUGGGUCUCACAUAUGCUUGGUUUCUGGCUAGGGCCCAUUGCAUCAUAUCCUAACAGUGGUUGUUGCAUGCUGGUUCAAGCUUGCUAGUUGGAGUUGCUACUCUGUGCUUUAUGGCAUCUCUGAUGCCACCAUGGGGCCAACUCUAAUGACUUCCUCUAAUCCUGGUGGCUUCCCAAAGGCCUCCCCUUCAAAUACCAUACAAUUAGAAAUACAAUUACUGUCAGUGUCUUGGUUCAAGGACACACUAAAUGAUUCAUCCUAGUCUACAGUUAGAUUGUGGUAAAAAAAUGAUCUAUAGGACCUAGAGAAGGGGGAGGAGUGGGUGGUGUGGGGAUGUCUAGAGGCUUAGCGUGUAUUUUACAUGAGAUAGUAUGUUGAAAAAUCUGGGAAGGAUUUGCUCGAGAGCUGUAUCAGAAGCAGAGAUAGAUAUAUAUUCUUGUGUCCUGCCACAACGUUAGAAUUCAGUGAACAAUAAUAAGUGUAUAGGUUGUGUUGAUCUUGUUGACAUUGGUUCACCAGUUGUAGCAGAUUUCUCUUGGUAAGCAUGGCUUCUAACAGUGACAAGACAUCCUUUUAUUUCAAUCUUCAUCACUGUUAUCACCUCUCAGUUCACAUGUUGUGCUUCCCACAAUAAUGUACGCACACACAUAUAGAGAAGCGGUACAUUAUAUGUGCACACGUGUUGCAGAAUUGCCAAGACAGGGUUGAAUCAGCUUCAGAAUUCAGGGGGUCCAUACUGAACAUAGAGGAUGAGAACUAAAGAAGAUGUAGAAGUUGCUCUUUGUCACCGGCGUGGGUUCCAAGGCGCACGGGCCCUGAGUCGCCGCCAUGCUGGUUGCCACAAGUUGGGUUUGUCGCAAAACCUAUGUCACCCCACAGAGACCCUUCGAGAAGUCGCGUCUCGAUCGGUAGCUGAAGCUGAUCGGAGAAUACGGGCUCCGGAACAAACGCGAGGUAUGGAGGGUCAAGUUUACCCUGGCCAAGAUCCGCAAGGCCGCCCGGGAGCUGCUGACCCUGGACGAAAAGGACCCAUUUCGUCUUUUCGAAGGCAAUGCUCUGCUGAGGCGACUUGUUCGCAUUGGGGUACUGGAUGAGGGCAAGAUGAACCUGGGUUACAUCCUGGGCCUGAAGACUGAGGAUUUCUUGCAGAGGCAGCUGCAGACCCAGGUCUUUAAGCUGGGCCUGGCUAAAUCUAUUCACCAUGCCCGUGCGCUCAUCCGCCAGCGUCAUAUCAGGGUCUGCAAGCAGGUGGUGAACAUCCCAUCCUUCAUUUUCCGCCUGGAUUCCCAGAAACACAUUGAUUUCUCUCUCCGUUCUCCUUAUGGUGGUGGACGUCCAGGUCGAGUGAAAAGGAAGAAUGCCAAGAAGGGCCAGGGAGGUGCUGGAGCUGGUGAUGACGAGGAAGAGGAUUAAGUUAAUGCCUCCUUGGACUGGAGAAUUGUCUAGAUUUCCAGUUGACUAAUAAAACAGAAUUAACACUUGUAAAAAAAAACAAGAAGAAGAAGAAGAUGUAGAAGUCUAAGGAGUUGCAGGCACACAGUUGUUAAGGGCAUAGUGUUGUCAAACGCAAGUCUGGGUAGAAGGCAGUUCUUAGUGUCAUGCAAAGAGUUUGUGUUUCCCAGAUGGGAGAAGCUGUAUUUGAGCUGUGUCCCUUGGGACAAGAGCAGAGUCCCUUCCCUUUGCUGAUCUUCCUGGAUGAGGACGUGAUUGGGUGAUGAGUCAGUUUGCAUGUCUUGGGGUGCGGCUCUUUCUACAGUUCCACACAAGAGAUGUUCAUCAUUCAGCAGUUUGAUGUGUGUUCAAUAACUUUAUCUGAUAUGAUUCUGAUACCCACAUGGGUCUGUGUAUUACUGAAGUAACAAGAAGUUCAUAGGUGGUGCUAUUUUGUUUUCAUAAGUAAGUUAUUUAUCAGUCUGUUUUCCUGCCUUUGUGCUGGACAGGUAUUGUUGAUCAUUUACACAAAUAAGAUGUGGAGUCAUUCUCAAAAUGAAGCCAACUGCUGAUUUAUACUCAGGGAUAGACAGAGCCAGAAAGCUGUUGUUCUAUGAAGUUGGAGGAACCUAGAGAAGGCUACAGCCUGACCCCACAUGGGUACUUUAGGGGUGUACAAAGGCCAUGCUUAGACAAAGCACACUGAUUGGAUGUAGGAUGGAUGGUUGGCAGGCUAUGCUGUUUUCUUUCAUAACUAAGCUUUCUGAAAAAAAAUGAAGCCAGCCAACACUUCACAGGAGUGCCUAAGCAGUGGCUUUAGCAGCUCCAGACUUGUAAACCAUAGGAUGCAGAGAUGGGAGAUGUGGCCAGUUGAAGACAUGAAAGGAUUCAGUUCAGUUCCAAGGACAGUAAAUUCUGAAAAGAAAUGGGAGCAAGGUAACAUUCACUAGGUGGAAGAAAGCCAAUGCAUGAGGCACUCAAUUUUACAGCUCAUGCCAUGUUAAAGUUAUGAUGGUUCAAUGAAUCAAUCAGUCAAUGCUUAAACAUUAAAAUGGUUCCUGCUUACUAAAUGAAAUAUUAAAGAAAUGCACCGUGACAAAAACAACAGAAACUCCCCAAUGUCAGUUCUCUCUUCCAUAAAAUGGCAUAUGAGAUGUAUCCACUGGGGCUAUAAUGAAGAAUAUAUAAGGUAAUGUGUGAAAUACACCCCAAACAGAUAAAUCCAUAGUACAUUUUAGUUCAUGCAAUUAUCUACAAUCCAUUCACAUAUUAUUUUGGGCACUCUGAGUCAUUUCUUCAUGAAGUGUUUUCUGUGCAUUGUUAUUUGUAAGUGUAAUCACGAUCAUAUUGCCUAUGUAAAUUUAGAUGAAUUAUAUGUACUAAUGUUGUGUUGUGCUACAAUUUUAAAACUGCCUAAGGGUCUCUUUUGAGUCCCAUCCCCAAGUCUCAGCUCAUCUCCUUCCUAUUGUUUCACUUUAACAGAACAAGAGUUUCUGGGGAGAAACAAUUUUGGUCAUAACAAACUACUUAUUCUCAAAGCUAAGUAGCCCAGGGCUCUGUCCUGGGGACCCUUCUGUACUAUCAUGAAAGAUUUAUUCCAUGACCAACCUU